AUGAGGGCGGAGUUGAGGCUCCGCGCGGCUGGCGACAUGCUGCUAAAAGGGGGACCCUACGUCAUUUGUUUGCUUUCUCUUCACCCAGGUUUGUCCGGCUCUGACUUCCAGGAGCGGCGGGAGACCUUCGGAACUAACGUGAUCCCCCCGAAGCCGCCGAAGCGUUUCUGCACUCUGGUUUGGGAGGCCAUGCAAGAUGUCACCCUCAUAAUUCUCAUCGCAGCCGCCUUCGUCUCCCUCGGUCUCUCACUCUACACGAAAUACGUCGACUUGGCGAGUCACGAUGAGACGGAAGGCGAGGCCGGGUGGAUCGAAGGAGUGGCCAUCUUGGUCGCCGUGAUAGUCGUCGUCCUUGUUGUGGCCUUCAACGACUGGUCGAAGGAGCGCCAAUUCCGAGGUUUGCAGAAUAAAAUCGAGUCGGACCACAAGUUCGCCGUCAUCCGACAGGGUCAGCUAGUGCAGCUUCCGAUCGCCGACAUACUCGUUGGCGAUGUCUGUCAAAUAAAAUACGGAGACCUCUUACCCGCCGAUGGUAUCCUAAUUCAAAGCAAUGAUCUGAAGGUCGACGAAAGUGCCCUGACGGGUGAAUCGGAUCAGGUUAAAAAAGGCGAAUCGAAAGAUAUUUGCCUUUUUUCGGGUACCCACGUGGUUGAGGGCUCGGGUCGCAUUGUUAUCACAGCCGUCGGCGUGAACUCCCAGGCUGGAAUCAUCUUCUCCCUCCUCGGAGCCACUGAUGAGGAGGCAGAGCGGAAGAAAAAAGACAAGAAGGGUGAGGAGAUCUGCCUGUCAUGUGUUGCCUUUUUCUUGUCCUCAGCUGAACCCGCCCGAGAUUCGAAGAAGAAGCGCGAGUUGGAGAAGAUUCCCGAGGCCGUGGCUCUGAAGACCACGGACUCCGAGCAGGGCGGUGAAGAGAAGAAGAAAAAGAAGUCGAAGUCGCGGAAAGAGAAGUCUGUGUUGCAGACCAAACUCACCAAACUUGCCAUCCAAAUUGGCUACGCAGGUACUGCUGUCGCCGUGAUCACGGUUAUCAUCUUGGUGAUCAAGUUCACCGUGACGACGUUUGUGUACGACAAGGAGCCGUGGAACACGGGCAAACACCUGAAGCGCCUGGUCGGUUUCAUCAUCACCGGUGUGACUGUCCUCGUGGUUGCUGUGCCCGAGGGUCUGCCUCUGGCUGUCACUCUCUCACUUGCCUACUCGGUCCGAAAGAUGAUGGACGACAAUAACCUGGUGCGCCAUCUGGACGCCUGCGAGACGAUGGGCAACGCAACGGCCAUCUGCUCAGACAAGACCGGCACACUGACCACGAAUCGAAUGACCGCCGUGCAGUGCUACUUGGGCGGACACCACUACAAGACCAUUCCAGCCGGCAGCGAGAUACCCGCACCCACGCUCAACUUGCUCAAGCAGGGCAUUCCAAUCAACAGCGGCUACACCUCGAAGAUCCUACCACCGCCUCAGCCUGGUGGACUGCCAGAUCAAGUGGGCAACAAGACGGACUGCGCUCUGCUCGGCUUCGUGAACGCCAUCGGUGGCAACUACGAGGCUGUGCGGUCCGAGUGGCCGGAGGAACUGCUCUACAAGGUGUACACCUUCAACUCCGUCAGAAAGUCAAUGAGCACGGUCAUUAAGGAGAAGAAUGGCGACUUCCUUAUGUUCACCAAGGGCGCCUCCGAAAUUGUCGUUCGCAAAUCUAAGUGGAUUCUGGACGCCUCCGGAGAGCCCAUUCCGUUCUCUGAUGUUGAUCAAGAAAACGUGACGCAAAAUAUCAUCGAGGCUAUGGCUGGAGAUGGUCUGCGGACUAUUGGACUGGCUUACAGGCGUUUCCCCGCAGGUUCGUUUUGGACAAUUGCCCAACAGAUGGCCUUGCUAGGUGAGCCGAACUGGGACAACGAGGAUAGUGUGAUUUGCGACUUGACGUGCAUUGGAAUCGUGGGUAUUGAGGACCCAGUGCGGCCGGAGGUUCCGCCGGCCAUUCGCCAGUGCCAGAACGCCGGCAUCACUGUUCGCAUGGUAACCGGAGACAACGUGAACACGGCUCGCUCGAUCGCCACCAAAUGCGGCAUCCUGCGGCCCGGCGAGAACUUCCUCGUGCUUGAGGGCGCGGAGUUCAAUCGACGCAUCCGUGACAAGACCACCGGCCAGGUGAAGCAGGAGCUUUUCGACAAGAUCUGGAUGAAUCUUGCUGUAUUGGCGCGGUCCAGUCCACAGGACAAGUACGUCCUCGUCAGCGGUAUCAUCAAGAGUCGGAAAGGCCCCCAACGCCAGGUUGUCGCUGUGACCGGCGACGGCACUAACGACGCGCCUGCCCUCAAACGCGCCGACGUCGGUUUCGCUAUGGGCAUUGCAGGCACAGACGUCGCCAAGGAGGCCUCCGACAUCAUCCUCACGGACGACAACUUCACCAGCAUCGUGAAGGCGGUGAUGUGGGGACGCAACGUCUACGAUUCCAUCGCCAAGUUCCUUCAGUUCCAGUUGACUGUCAAUGUGGUCGCCAUCACGGUGGCCUUCAUUGGCGCGUCGGUUGUGUCUGAUAGUCCUCUGAAGGCGGUACAAAUGUUGUGGGUGAAUUUGAUCAUGGACACAUUGGCAUCACUGGCGUUGGCAACGGAGCUGCCCACGCCUGAGCUGCUGGAACGCGAGCCGUACGGCCGAACCAGUCCCCUUGUGAGCCGCAGCAUGCUCAAGAACAUCCUCCUGCAUUCGAUCUACCAACUGGCUGUCAUUAUGGGACUCCUGUUCUACGUUUUGGAGUGCGACAGUGCGCGAGAACUCGUCUCUCACGGCGUAUCCAAGCCCACCCAACACUUCACAGCCAUCUUCAACUCCUUCGUCCUGAUGACCCUUUUCAACGAACUCAACGCACGCAAGAUCCACGGCCAGCGAAAUGUCUUCAGCGGUGUCUUCCGCAAUUGGAUAUUCCUUCUGAUCUGGAUCUCCACGAUGGUGCUGCAGAUUAUCAUCGUCGAGUUCGGCGGCUACGCUUUCUCAACGCACGGUCUCGACCUCAACCAGUGGAUGUGGUGUCUCUUCUUUGGCGUGGGCGAGCUCGUUUGGGGACAGGUGCGUGGUUGCCUGUUUACUGUCAACGCAUCCCUCAGUCAUGAGUUGAGGAUCCGCGCGGCUGGCGAUAUGCUGCGAAAAGGGGAACCCUGUGUCGGAGGUGGAUCGACGGGAUUAAGGGGCCAUGGCGGUGAUUCUUCUACUGGUCGCGAUGCUUCUCUGUGA